AUGGAUGAAGAAAGCGAGUGUGCUGACCACUGUAGGUGCUUUGCCUUAAGCGAUAUUAGUGAUAAGGAUUUUCAAAAACAGUGUUCACAUUCAUCACAUCAUAUAUCUUGCGAGCGAUGUAACGAACUAAGAUUGGUAGUCGAUGAAGUAGAAGCCUGCAUAAAGAAUCAUUCCAGUAAUCUUUAUAGCGAAGAACAACGAGAUGAUCUACUCUAUGACUUCAACACGUCUAAGACCAAAAUCUUUGCUUGGAAGUGCCAUAUUAUGCGAGGCGUAAACCAGGAACAAGCAAAACAAGAUGCAAUACGUAAUUUGUCAGACAACUCUGCCCUCAUUAUAAUUGACUAGGCGAUGAAGUUCAAUCAAAUGAGGUAGAGAGAAAAACAGAAGGAGUGGCAUGGAAAACGCGGGCUCAGCUGGCAUAUUAGCAGCAUGGUGACUUAUAACAAACAAUCCAAGACUACUCGUGUUUUGUCCUAUGCACAUCUAAUUGACUCCUGCUCACAGGACUGGUUUGCCAUGACUUCUAUUUUUGAAAGCCUCCUAGAGCGUACCAAACGUAAAAACAAUAUGUGUUCGUUCUGACGAGGCAGGCUGCUAUCACACUACCAACCUCCUUGCAGCAAUCCAGGAUGUAAGUGAUCGUUCUGGAAUUGCGGUUGAAUGCUAUGACUUUUCUGAGCCUCAACAGGGUAAGGAUGUAUGUGAUAGAGUUCUUUGCCCAAUGAAGGCAUCAAUCAGGAGAUACUGCGCUGAAUGGAACGAUAUUUUGAAUGCGUCUGAUAUGGGGAAAGCUUUGGAAGAGAGGCCAGUUAAGCGGACAACAGCAGCUGUCUGCACUUUAGAUUAA